GACCGGGCGCUCGUGUCCGCGUGCACGAGUACCUCGCGAACCGAUUACAACCUUUUAUUGACAUACCCAUCACGCGAGAUCUAAAUAAAAAGUUUGUCUGUACUCUUUGAAAAAUGUGACAAAAGACUACGCUUCAUUCAAGGUGGUGUGAACACCAUAAAGUGAGGAGUAUAGUCUCCUCAGCGACCAGAUGAUCAGUUUCAGUGUUAUCGGGAGCGAUAGAAGGCCACAAAAAUUGCUCCCCACGGCAGUCCAGCGCGCGCGUAUAUCGCCUAUCACAAACUCGGGACAGGCAUGGAGGCCCAGACCGCCACGCCGCAAACCGAGUGCGAAUGUGGCGUACACCCUUCUGUCUUCUACCUGCUGGCCACCUUGCUCCUCACCAGCUGCUCGACGGCGAUGCUGUGCGCAGCCAUCAUGACAGAGCAUUGGGAGCAUGUGGUGUGGGAGCACGCCGCAUUGGCUGCUCUCGCCAACGCUUCCAAUACGGCCCUGCAAUGGCUACUCGACGAGAAAGUCGCAAAGAUUGAAGACACAAGUAAUCGAAAGGGCGGGGGGACCUUUCUAGUGCCGAUGAACGGAGGUAUCUGGACGAUGUGCGUGUCUCUUGAAGAGGAAGAGGUGUCGAUAUUGUCCAGGGUCGGCUUCCCCUCGCAGCCAGUAUGCACAAAUUAUUUAGCAAACAGUGACGAUGAGGAGCCUCGAGCUGAUUGGCAACAUCGUAUGCAGAAUCUAUCCAUAUCAUGCGCCCUAGUCUGCCUGAUUGUGCUGGGCAGCGCGGCAUUGGUGGGCGCGUUCGGCAUUUGCAAGCAUCAGAUCAGCGCCGUACUUAUUACAGGCGUCAUGUAUCUAUUAGCCGGUUUGUUCGCCAUGUUCACACUAAUGAUCAUCCACUUCAAGCGGGUGCAGCGUGUGUCAGCUCGUGGCAGCUCGCACGCGGACGGCACGGGCGACGGCGUAGUCGGUCCACGAGGACCUGCACUCUCACUCCUCUCCGCUAGAGAGUUCUCCACCGCCUGGUCUCUAGAACUUGGCUGGGGAGGAGUCGCCCUCGCCACCACCACCUCUCUCCUCUGGAUCCUCCUAUCCAAAAUCAUGAGGUACAACCCUAUCUCAGCUAUGCUCCUCUUAAUCUAAUCACACCCCUCGAUUGAAAUCUUCCCUAGAUUUUCUUUCAUACAAAUUACUAGUCAAUUACCAAUUUUAAGGUUUUGAAAUGUUGGUUAGCAGGCGUAACCGUGCAGGGAAGAUCUCAUUGAUGUUUAUUUUAUAAAUACUUAGUACAUAAGAAAUAAGAAAAAAAAAGAACAAUUCACAGAGAUAUUAUUUGCUCUAUACUCCAAGGCUUUAUAGACAAUAGUACCUAAACGUGCUCGAUACGCGACCUUUUUAAAUUCUUAACAGCUAUAACUUACUUUACUUCGACGUUACGCUUUGAAUUUGAAUAAGCUUUAGAUAAUCGCCGAGCUUGCUGCCGUCCAUUGCUAUAAAUGUUAUUGUUAUACUUCUCUUUUCUAUUUUACGUAAUUCCCUUACCUACCUAAUAUUGCUAUCUACUAAAAUAAUUAUACAAUGUUACAUACUUACUAACUAAAUAAAGUUUUCAAAUAUUUUAAGUACUCGCUCUACGAAAGAAUUGUUAGACGCUUUCAUAGUCAGUAAAGUUCUGUGCAUUUAUUAAAUUGAAGAUAAUAAUAUUCGAGUUACCAGCUCCCGGCCUACUGUUUAAAAUGCCGACUAAAUAAAAUAUUUCCAAUAUCUCACUGUUGGUAGUUGUAGAUACACGAAGAUAAACAAAAAUAGUUUCAGGACGUAAGUAAGAACAUAAUAAUUACAGCUACAUAUUAUUUUAAAAAUAAUAUUUAGCGAUUUAAAGAGUUAUGGUGCUUUGAGUAUCAAAAUUAUUCAGUAAUUUGUGUGUAUUAUUAAUAGAUGUAUUAUUAUAGUACUAAUUAGUUGUGUACGCUUUGAUUUUACUAUGAACCCUUUUUAUUAUAGUUAAGAUAUUAAAUGUGAAAUUGUCAGUCCGAUAUAAUGAAUAUUGUAUGUACACUGAACAGUAUCAAGCAUUUAGAUCACGCACAUAUUCUUUGUAAGAAGUUUGGUUCAAAUUAUAAUAUUACCUACAUUUAAUUUAAGUGUACCUAAUAUUAGUGAAAAUAGUUUAAGUUAGUUACAAAAGUAAAUAAGAAGGGUAUGAAAUAUUAAUUAUAAUUACUUAUACUUUAUAUUAUUUUAGUAGAAUUAUAUUAAAUCUCUACUUAUAAGCCCUAUACUAAUCUCGUAGAUCGAGAAUGGGUGUACUUAUAACUGUAUAGUUCAAUGGUUUGCAUUAGAUAAUAGUACCUUAAGUUCCAUAUAAACCUAUUUACAAAAUUAUAGUUAUUUAUUUAAAUGAUUCUGGCAUACAUGUUUCGCUUGAUCAAUCUCUUCAGGCAUGAACGUCUACCUAUUAUUUAAGAUAUAGAAAUGUAAAUCGACAAAGUUGGCGGUCGACCAUCAUUAGAGGCGAUAUUCACUUGCACUUGGCACGAGUGUUCAUAUAGAACAGAGGCCUUAGUUUGAUUUGCGUUUACAAGUAUUCGAAACGAUCACAGCGCCGAACGCGUACUCGUUGCGAUUACUACGUAAAACAAACUCGUACUAAGGCCUCAGACGGACAGUGCGGUGGAUAGCGAAUUUGCCACAGGUUUUUGUCUCUUGCCUACCCCAAUGGGAGACAGGUGUGACGAUAUGUAUGUAUUUUUAAGUGAUUUAUGUACUAAAUACAGUUGCUGAUAUAAAAUAUUACAACUACCUAUUGCUUAAAAGCACGUAUUUUGUAAAAGGCAUCGUUCCCAUUGUGAUGUUCGUUCGUUCGGUGUUUUUGUUAAUUGUUCUUUUAUACUUUGAAUGCAUAAAGCAAUAUAUUUAUUUUGUUUAUAAAA